ACCGGGUUCAUGGAGCGCCCGCUCAUUAUCACUGCGGACUUCAAACAACACGCACGUGAUUGUUAGACUAACUAUCCCACAGCUGGGCAAUAUGUUCCCACAAUUGGUCUUUGUAUUGUGCCUUCUCAGUGCGAGUUCUGGGUACCAGUUCGAAACGAAGUGGUUUAGGGUACCCCUAGACCAUUUCGGUUAUCAGAGAAAUGAGACUUUUGAGAUUAAGUAUUUGGUGAAUGAUAGUUAUUGGGAUCGAGGGAAUGGACCGAUAUUUUUCUACACUGGAAAUGAGGGUCAGAUCGAGUUGUUUGCGCAACACACCGGGUUCAUGUGGGACAUCGCAGAGGAGUUCCGAGCGAAGAUCGUGUUUGCUGAACAUCGAUACUACGGAGGUUCAAUGCCGUUCGGCAACCAGUCUCUGGACAACAAUCACGUGGGCUACCUGUCGGCUGCGCAGGCGCUGGCCGACUACGCCGACCUGAUCACCUUCCUGCAAGGCAAUAGCAUGCGCGCCAAGUAUCCCGUCAUCGCUUUCGGUGGGUCGUACGGCGGUAUGCUCGCUGCCUACUUCCGCAUGAAGUACCCGCACAUAGUUGCGGGGUCCAUAGCGGCGUCCGCGCCCAUCCACAUGUACCCCGGCAUGGUCCCCUGCGAGGUCUUCCACCGCAUCGUCACGUCCAGCUUCAGGGUCGCCAGCCCCGCUUGUGUGGAGAAUAUACGUCGUUCCUGGGCUGUCGUCAAAAACGUGACGUCGAACCCAAACAACACUCUCCAGAAGGACUGGAAGCUCUGCGACGCGGUGAAGAACUCCACAGACAGUGAACUCCUGAUGGACUUCCUCCAGUCCAUGUACGAGACCCUGGCCAUGGUCAACUACCCGUUCCCCUCGGACUUCCUCGUCCCGCUGCCCGGCCAGCCUGUCAGGGUCGUCUGCCAGUAUCUCAACGACACGCUCUCGAAUGUGAAACUUAUGGAGGGAAUUGGAAAAGUGUUGCAAGUAUUCACAAAUUACGAUGGAAAGAGCAAAUGUGUGGAUUACAAGAAGGGAGAAGAUUACGGUAACUUGGAUGCAAGCGGAUGGAACUAUCAGGCUUGCACAGAAAUGAUAAUGCCGAUGUGCACAACCGGUGUGGACGACAUGUUCCAACCGAAGCCGUGGAACUUGACAGCAUUCGCCGAGGACUGUCACAAGACGUACGGGGUGUACCCCCGCCCUGAUGCCGCGCGGAUCCAGUACGGUGGGGACAAGCUGCAAGCUGCAUCCAAUAUUGUGUUCAGUAAUGGGUUGCUGGACCCCUGGGCGGGAGGUGGCAUUUUAAACAGCAUCAGCGACUCAGUGGUGGCAGUGGUAAUGAUCGAUGGAGCCCAUCACCUGGACCUGAUGCCGGCGAACGAGAAGGACCCAACCUCUGUGCGCAUGGCGCGCGAGUCGCACAAACGGCAUAUCAGAAAUUGGAUCCGCGCCUUUAGGAAACAGAACUGAUGGAUUA